GAGAUCCCCAGUGGAUCAGAUGUCGUGAACUGUUUCUGGGCUGAGCUGGUUUUGCAGUGCAUCAGGAAGCGUGGAGCGCCAAGCGUCCGUCAUGUCUGACUGGGUGCUCCUCGGGCUGAUUGCAGUGCUGGUCGUGCUGCUGCUUCUGACCGUCUUUGGCUUCGCUGUCUACUCGGGGCUCUUCACAGAGGUGGUUGUGAGUGCUGGCUCCCCACCUGUCGGCAACAUCACACUGGCCUACAAGUUCAGGGUAGGCCCGUAUGGUGAAUCUGGGCAGCUCUUCACGGAUGGCUGCAGCAUCUCUUCAAAGCUCUACUCCAUUGGUGUCUACUACGACAACCCGCACACGGUGUCUCCAGAGAAGUGCCGUUUUGCCAUAGGCCGAAUCCUCAGCGAGGGAGAUGCAAAGCCGUCAGAAGAGCAAAUCAAGCGGUUCCAGAAGUAUGGCUUCAAGAUCUUCUCCUUUCCUGCUCCCAGCCAUGUGGUCAUGGCGACCUUCCCAUUCACUACGCCAUUGUCCAUCCAUCUAGCAAUCAACCGUGUCCACCCAGCCCUUGACACCUACAUCAAGGAAAGGAAGCUGUGUGCCCACCCUCGAAUUGAGAUCUACAAGGAGGACCGCAUCUACUUUGUGUGUCCCCUCGCCCGCCAAGGGGACUUCUACGUGCCUGAAAUGAAAGAACUGGAGAGGAAGAGCAGGGCUGCUGCAGCUGAGGCCGAGGACGCCCAGACAGACGUUACAGGGGCCGACACCCUGAGUGAGGCGAGCUCCAUCAGCAUAGAGGCCACAACUGACAGCAGAGACACCUCAGUGGCCACCUCCAUCCUGCUGCCAUUCCCAGCCAGCCGUGGCCGGGAGGAAGCAGACAACCGCAGCGAGCACAGCUACAGUGAGUCGGGAGCCAGCGGUUCCUCCUUUGAGGAGCUGGACCUGGAGGUCACCGUGGACGGGGAAGGAGCCCCAGGCCUGCUGCCCGAUGAGGGCUGCGCAGGCAGCCAGGAGGUCACAGACAAGUGGACCAAGGAGCCCAUCGCUGCUGAGAGAGGAGAAGAGUGAUGUGGAGACCUGGCUGCAUCGCCUCCACUGGGGUCUGAGUUACUGGGAAACAGUUGCCUUUCCCACCUCCUUCCUCUCCAGCCAAGAGAUUUUGGUUACUGAUUUCCUCCGAGACCUGUUCUCCCUCUUUGCCGAAAGGGUGUUUGGCCAUUUCAGGGAUGCCGGGAGGUGGGGGGGUCUCCUGCAGUGCCUGGUGUUGCAGGGUGGGUGCAGGCUGGGGGGGCAGUGAAAUACAUUUGCCGUUUGUGUGUCUCUAGAUGCAUUGCAUAUUCCUUGCAGGAGUUUUGGGGGGUGGGGGUGGAUGGCAGAGGUGUCCCCCGGCAUCUCUGCUGGUGCCCCUCUCACCCGCAGCUUCUCUCUGCUGCACUGCCACACAUUUUCUAGCACCAAAGAGCCGUGAGUAGGGUUGGAUUUGUUCCCCUCUUCCCCUUGCUGAAAAAUGGAAACAUCCCAUGUAAACCUGGUCUUCCUGGCACUGCCACGGGUGCUUUUUGGGGUCUGUAAUAAAGUGGAUGCUUUUCCUCA